GACAGAGUCACUGAGAUUUAACCACCCUCUUGAGAUCCGCUCCUACUCUUCUACUGUCUGCUUCUUCCUUUAUUUUAUUCACAGACUUGUAAUAAUCUUAACUCAACUCCCACCUCAUUUAUUUUCAUUUUUAUUACAUUGUGUGUUAACUGUGAACUCAUCACUGUCAAGCUCUACUACAUUGUUUGAAUUUUGUUGUUUUUUGGAUUUAAGUUUUGAAUUUAUUGUUGGGUUUUGGUGAUUUUUGAGUUUUUGUGAUCAUGAGGUGGGAUUGUGAGUUUCCGGCGGGGUGGCCGGAGCUCCGGUGAGUAAAUGGUGUGUGGAAGUGAAGUUCGUUGAUGGUUGGAGAGAAAGAUGUUUAAGUCGGCGAAAUGGAGGAGUGACAAGAGCAAGAUCAAAGGUGUUUUCAAGUUACAGUUUCAUGCAACUCAGGUAUCAUGGUCAGGAGGGGAUACAUUGAUGAUAUCAUUGGUUCCUGCGGAUGGUGGAAAGCCAACUUCAGUACUCGAAAAAGCGAAAAUUCGAGAUGGAAGCUGUUACUGGGAGAAACCAGUGUACGAAACAAUGAAGUUCACUCAGGAUCUGAAGACGGGGAAGAUUAAUGAGAGAUCAUAUCAUGUUAUCUUCUCAACUGGAUUGUCAAAAUUUGGUCUUCUUGGUGAGGUUUCCAUUGAUUUUGCAGAUUAUGCUCUGGCCACAAAGAUUUGCAAGCUGUCUCUUCCGCUCAAGAACACGAAAUUUGAGGCUGUACUGAAUGUUAUGAUCGAAAGGAUCCAGGAUCAGAGAGAAUUUGAAGAAGGUGAAACCUUGAAAGAUAACCCCAAGGAUCUAAGCUUGAGGGCACAUCUAAGCAAUAGCGAUACAGAUGGAGAUAUUAAUACCACAAUUUCUGAAGAAGAACGUCUCAGUGGAUCUGAAGUUACUAUGUCAAGUUCAGAGACGAGCUCUGAACAUAAUACAACUCGAGUGCUUGGCAUGACAAAUGUUAAUACCACCAAAGAUGGUAAAAGCUUCCUAUCUUCUCUAGCUCAGUCCCCACUGGCUUGGAGGUCAAAACCUGAUGCUUCUGCAGAAGUCUAUGACGAAAGGCUGGGAUCACAAUCUGAAUGGUCAGGAGGUUCUCUUCCGGAUGCAAGUACAGAUGAUUCGCUAAACAGCCCACGUGAGGCUCUUCUAGGUGAGAGGCCUCAGGACACUUCAGAGAUUUUGAUUGAGAAACUUAAAGCUGAGCUUGCUGUUUCAGCGAGGCAGGCAGAACUUUCAGAGUUAGAAUUACAGACCUUGCGUAAGAGUAUUGUGAAGGAGAGCAAAAGGGCACAGGAUCUUUCAAGAGAAGUUUCUAGCCUGAAGGAGGAGCGAGAUUCAUUCAAAGAAGAGUGUGAAAAAGCUAAACUGCGAAACAAAUUGGAAUAUAAAGGAGGUGACCCUCGGGCUCUUCUUGAAGAACUGAGGCAAGAACUGAUCCAUGAGAAGGAUCUCAAUGCAAAUCUUCGUAUACAACUUCAUAAGACACAAGAAUCAAACAGUGAGUUGAUUCUUGCUGUGCAAGACCUCGAUGAAAUGUUGGAAGAGAAGAACAAGGAGAUACUGGGCCUUUCAAACAGAUCAGCAACAACUGAAAAUGCACAAAGCAUUUGGGAAACAAACUCCAGAUCCAGUGUUGAUCUUGAUGAAGAAAAAAAUUCUCUGAAAAAGCUUGUCAUGGAGCACACUGAUGCUAGGGACGCGUACAUGCAGGAGAAAAAGAUCAUAGACCUCUGUGGUGAAGUAGAGAUCUUCAAGAGAGAAAGAGAUGAUCUAGAGAUGCAAAUGGAGCAGCUUGCCCUAGAUUACGAGAUCUUGAAGCAAGAAAAUCAUAACAUCUCGAGUCAAUUAAAACAAAGUCAGUUGCAAGAUCAACUAAAGAUGCAGGAUGAAUGUUCUGAGUGUGCAACUUCUUAUUCUGCUCUAACUGGCUAUAAAACUAUGAUUGAGAGCUUGGAAAUUGAGUUGAAGAAACAAUCAGAAGCAUUUUCUGACUCUUUGCUCACCGCAAGUAAUCUUGAAAAUCAUGUUAGAAGCCUAGAGGAAGAGCUAGAGAAGCAGGCACGAGGCUUUGAAGCUGAUCUAGAAAACCUCACUCGGUCCAGAGUUGAGCAGGAGCAGAGAGCCAUACGAGCAGAGGAGAAUCUAAGAAAGACACGGUGGCAAAAUGCUAAAACAGCAGUUAGGCUUCAGGAAGAAUUUAAAAGGCUCUCUGAGCAGAUGGAUUCCACAUUUUUAGCAAAUGAAAAACUAGCUACAAAAGCAUUUACUGAAGCUGAAAAACUGCGUCUAGAGAAAAACUGUCUAGAAGAAAAGCUACGCCAAGCUAAGGAAGAGGCCAAAUCAGUUACGGAGCAUCAUGAAGCAAAGCUGCUUGAAAUUUCUAUGCAGCUAGAAUCAAAAUUAAAUCAAAUAGAAAAGAUGCAGGCAGAAGUUGAAUAUAAGUCUGUUGAGUUCAAAAAUCAAAGAAAGCAUGCAGAAGAAACACAGAGAACUCUCUCUCAGGAGAUCCAAUCUCUUCAAUCGGAGAUCAUAAGGCUGGAAAGAGUGGAUGAUGUCUCUUCCAAGCAAACAGAGGAAAAUGAAACUUUGAGAGCUGAGCUAGAACAAAUGAAGGCAGCAGUAAAGGAUACUGAAUUGCUAUUGGAAAAAGAGGCCACUGAAAGAAAAGACUUAGAAAGCAUGGCAGCAUUGCUGAAGAUGGAAGCUCAGAGUUUACUUAAAGAUCUGAACAUAAUGAGAAGCGUUAAGGAUGAAGCAAAGUCAAUGAGUGAAAAUCUGCAGUCAGAGUUGGAAGCCCUUAAAACUCAAUAUAAUGAGUUGAAACACUCUACAGCAGCAGAAGAGUCACAGAAAGAAAAACUUCAGAAGCAGGUUAUUCAGCUGAAAGGUGAGCUGAAAAAGAAGGAAGAUGCAUUAAGCUUUGUGGAGAAAAAAAUUAAAGAUGGCAAUGGACGAACACCAGUUUCUGAGAUGGCUAAAACAAGAAAUAAUAAGUCUGUCCCGAUUCCUCGUGGCUCUAAAGAGACUGUGAAUCUGAAGGAAAAAAUAAGAUUACUCGAGGGUCAAAUAAAGCUGAAAGAAGCUGCUCUGGAGAUGUCAUCGAAAACAUUUCUUGAGAAGGAACAAGAUCUGCAAAGGAAGAUCGAAGAUCUAGAGAAAAGUUUGGAAAUUCUCAACCAAAAAUCUGCAAGUUCCUGCUACUAUGUAUGCCAAAAGUCGAUGGAAAAUAUUGGGAACCUCAAUUCUGCAGCAAGCGAAGAAGCAAAAACUGUUGCAGCUGUUGCUCAAGAUUUGAACACCACGAAAUGCACAAGUGAGGAAACAGGAUUUUCACCAGGAUUGGCUGAAAGAAAUAACGACAUUUCUUCAGAUAAUGAGCUAAAGGACCCUGGUACGGAUUCAAGAGAUAAUGCAAAUCUAGACAAACUAUUAAAUGAAAUGGAAUUACUGAAAGAGAGAAAUCGAUCUAUGGAAUGUGAUUUGAGGGAUAUGCAACAGAGAUAUUCCGCAAUAAGUCUUAAGUUUGCUGAGGUAGAGGGUGAACGACAACAACUCGUGAUGACACUGCGCAACUUCAAGAAUCCUAACAAAAGCUGGUCAUUGUUCACCUGAAAUUACAAUCUGAAGAAUAUAGGUAGACGCGGAAGCCACUCUAUUUAUUGUGCAGACAAUGUAGAUGUUACAUUUCUGUCAGGAGGUAAAAUAUCUUGUAUAUUGGUAAUAUAUAUGCAUUCUUUUCGAUAAACUUUAUCUGUUUGAAGAUUGAAAAUAAUACAAAGUUGCAAGAAUCACUCCCUCUGUCAAACUAUGGAGCCUCUGUCUCUGAGAGUAUUGUGAAAAUCAUGUCUUUCUUCACCAACAAUUCA